GAGAUGCAUUUAGGUUGCGGCCGCUUGUAGUUGAUAGUUUACAUGGCUGUUUAGUUGUUGUGUUUGAGGCUUAAUUUCGUUUAACAAAAUUGGAUUAUGAACUCAUGCUAUGAGCAGGUGGAAUGGAACAGACCGACUGUCCGGAUGCAAAUCCUUCCAUCCCUGAUGAGCUCUCAUUUAUCGAGGGUGUCAGUGACCCAGUGCUGCUUGUGGUCAUCCUGUGUGUGACGUUCCUGGCUGGUCUGGCCACACUGCUGUGCAGGAAUGAGCAGCAGAGGAUCCACCCUGAGAAUCAAGAGCAUGUGCGAGCAGUUCGGCAGCAGCUACAGACUGAGCAGGAAGCAGCAUCCCCAUCACAGAGACAUCAGUACUACUCAGACAUGUCCUGUCCGGUGUGUCUCCAGCAGGCCGUUCUCCCCGUGGAGACUAACUGUGGUCAUCUUUUCUGUGGUUCCUGUAUUAUUGCCUACUGGCGCUACGGCACGUGGCUCGGAGCCAUCAGCUGUCCCAUCUGCAGGCAAAUAGUGACUCUGCUGUUCCCGCUUUUCCGUGGCACGGAGCAGAGAGCUCAGACGCAAGGAGACGGACAGCCGGACGCGAACCUGAUCCUCGACGACGUCAACGAUUACAACCGCAGGUUCUCAGGACAGCCCAGAUCUCUCCUGGACCGUUUGCGUGACGUCCCCACUCUCCUCCGCCAUGCCUUCAGGGAGAUGUUCUCCGUCGGCGGACUCUUCUGGAUGUUCCGUAUCCGGAUCCUGUUGUGCCUGGUGGGGGCGCUGACCUACCUGGUCUCUCCGCUCGACUUCAUUCCCGAGGCUCUGUUCGGCUUGCUCGGCUUCAUGGACGACUUCUUCGUCAUCCUCCUCCUCUUUAUCUACAUCUCUAUCAUGUACAGGGAGGUGGUGACACAGAGGCUGAACGGCUGAGCGCAACACCCAGCUGUGAUCAGUUCUAAAGGGUUUACAGUUUUAUCACUGUGUGUGUGUGUGUGUGUGUGUGUGUGUGCGCGCGUUGAUGAGUGAGUGUCAUAUAAUAAUCAGCUUAAAUAAGUGAGCUCAGUUCCUUAUCAAAUACAUACUGCACGUAGGAGGUUUAGUUCUUUGUUCGUUUGUUUGUUUGUUUGUUUUUCAGUAGAAAUGAUCUUGAUUGGCUGGCAGGAGUCGAAGAAACAAAGCUAGUGAUAUCACAAAUCGCAAGCGCUGCGUAAGAUUUCGACAUCACUGAAACGUUAGCUCGUAGCUCAUUCGCUAGCUCUCUAAUUCACAUCGUUAUGACUUUAGGUUUGUGUGGGAAUUUCUAUUUAAGUGUCAUAAAAUGAAUUAAAUCCCUCCUAUGUUCGUUACAGAGGCUCUAUAUCUUAAGCGGUCUAACAUGUUGGUAAUAAGUCAGUUUAUAGGGGCGAUUUGUCAUCUUUAGAGCUAUUUGAAAGAGAUGAAAACAGCAAAUUGUGAGAUUAAGACAAAAAUUGCUCUUUUUUUUUGUUGCUUUAUUUAUAAUUUGUGUUUUGUGGGAUUUUUUUAUUUUAUUUUUUUUUUUCUAGAAAAAAAAAAACUGCUUCAAUCUGUGAAAUUGCAAUUCUCAUUCGCUAACAAGGAUGUUUGAGUUUUAGGAGCAACAUUGAACCACACAUGAUUAUUUCUGAAAACAUUUCAAUAACUAAAACCUAAACCUGUGUGUAGAAUUUUGAUCUGAGACUUUUUUUUAUUUCUAAAACUUUAUGGUUAAAACUAUGAUGAACCUAAAUGCCAUGGAUUUACAUAUCAUAUUUAAACAUUAUCUAUUAUAUUUACGUACGAUAUUUACAUAUUAUAUUCCAAUUGUACAUUUUUUUAUUACCCUUGCCAUGAUAUUUGGCAUGUUUUUCAUUCAUAGCAUCAUACAUAAGCACCUCAUAAGGUACUUAUAAAUAUAUAUAUAUAUAAGCUAUAGUUAACGUUUCAAUUUAUAACAUAAUAUAACUAUUAUUAUAACUAUUAUUUUUUCCGAAAGUGCUUAUAAAGGUUUUAUGCAGCUUUAUACACACUAUCCUUAAAUGUUUACACCAAAAAACGUUUUUUUUUGUUUUUUUUUUUUAAUAAAUUUAAAAGGUAUAAUCAAAUGUUUUAUUCAUGAAUUUUUCCUGAUGGCUCAACGCUAACGAUCUGCUGUUUUCUGCUUCUUGACAUCAUGAUCAAGAAAAUAAACUUCUAUAACAGGAAGAAAUGACAGAUUAAAUAGAAUGUGUGAAUCCAUGUCAUUUAAGAGCUUCUUUGGCUGUCAUAGUUCACGCACUGCAAGUGGAACUGGGCCACAAAAUCACAUUUCUGAUAUUACAAACUAAAAGGCUAAGCUGUGAAUUCGUAUUAAUGCGUAGGCAGAAGGCAGCGGGUUAAAAAGUCAUUUUCCCGCCAGCGCUUGAAGCAGAAUGGAAAGAUCGCUUCCACAGAAGAUGAGACUGCUUUCAUGCGAAAUGCACAGAUGGGCACUGGGGAAAACCAGAACAACACAGACAAAAACAAUUAAGAAUCUUCCAGAACCAUAAGCAGCUGGGAGUUUCCAUAUAAAAAGACUUAAAGGUUUGGGUGAAAAAAAAAAAAAAAAAGAUCCCUUCUGUUUCGGAACAUGUAGAAACCCUGCGCUUAUACACUGAUUUGCAGUUAAAUUGUAGUUAAAUGAGUCAGAAAAUUGUAACUUCACAGGAUGUUUGUUUUGGGGGAACGAGUAGCACUUAUUUUAAGCCAGUGUUCAUAAGGGCUUCAUGACUCCCACGUAAGCUCUUUAAGACAUACCGUAUUUCCGUCCAAAUGUUUAUUAAGUCUCGUUACAUCACAGCAGGUAUCAUCACUUUGAAAGAUUGUGUUAUUUACUUUAGUUAAAGACCGCUUUAUUUCAAGGUGACACAGAACCUACAUCAAGUGACAUAGAUCUGUUAGAGAAAGAGAAAAUCCUCUAAUAACACAUGCUUAAUUUGAUUAAUCUGCUUCUGAACGUUUCAUGAAGACAUAAUUUUAUGACAAAGUCAUGACAGCACUGUGUACUUUCUCUGGCUUUCAAUUUGAGUUUUUGGUGUUAUGAUGCCUUAUAACAGCCAUUUGUCAACACAGCUCUAUGUCAGUUAAUGCAGGUGUUAUAAAGGUCAACACUUUAUAUGAACUGUAAUGACAGCGAUCAGAGUAAGCAUUUAUAAUUACAGAAUAUAUUAUGUCACUUAUUUCAGAAAAGGCUUAUGUAGGUUUUAUGUCACCCGUAUGAACACUAAAACUUAAAGGCAAAUUUGCUCAUAAUCAUUAUGAAAAUGCUGUUUAUUUUAGGUAUAACGUGUAAUCCAGUGUUUUGCCAGUUGGCUGGAGAGUAAGCUGUGUACUGCAUGCACACGUGUUCAUAAGGCAGUACUAAUAUGAUUAUAAGCAGGAAUCCUUCUAAAUGAUAAAUAACACUCAUGUCGCCCUAAUGAACACAUUUAAGGUCAGGGUUAUGCUGUUGUAUCCUAAGCCAUACCAGAUGAACGAGAUCCACUCAGUAACCGUGCUACAGAUCCACAGUGUUGACCUGAAAUGUGAAACGAUAUUCUUCAUCCGUGUGAGAUAUCCUGGUGUCUGAAAAACAAAGCUCAUGAAGCUGUGGAUCUUUUGCACAACAUGCUGUGCCUUGACUCUGAGACAACCACUGGAUUGUGAACUUGACUGAACAAACCAUUACAAAUAAAAUAUUUGCAACAA